CCAAGUUUAGCAGCGAAGGUGAAUCCCUAGUUCACCCUCUAGUCUCUCGGCACCAAAAAUCCUGCGGCGGCGGCGAUGGCGGCGGCUGCGGCGAGGCCCGGGUUCCGGCGCAUGUUCUCCGUCUCGGCCUUCGCGCCGCCGAAGCCGCCCACCCCACCCCCCAAGGCCGACCCCUCCCCGAACCUCUUCGUCUCCGGAUUAAGCAAGCGAACCUCAACAGAGGGACUUAGAAACGCUUUUGCAAAGUUUGGGGAAGUUUUGCAUGCCCGAGUUGUGACAGACCGAGUCACUGGUUUCUCAAAGGGGUUUGGCUUUGUAAGAUAUGCUACGGUUGAAGAUGCAGCUAAAGGAAUCGAAGGAAUGGAUGGAAAGUUUCUUGAUGGAUGGGUUAUUUUUGCGGAGUAUGCUAGACCCAGACCACCGCCACAGCAACCAGAGAUGAAUUCGCAGCCGCAACAUUCAUGGGGCCCUCCGUCAGGUUCCUGGGGUGCACAGUAGACGGAGAGACAAUCAUGGGCCCCCCUACCCGGCCUUGGGGCUUACCGCGGAUCAACAUGCCGUUGAUUCUACAUUUAAUCUAUAGCUAUAUUGUGCUGUCCCAGGUGUGAAUGCCCUUCCCGUUCCGAUAUUCUUGUCAUGUUGGAGUGCCAUGGGCUCCACAUGAAGCAGCAGUUGCCAAACCGAAUACGGACCAAACAAGUAUUACUGUCAGAGCGAAAGAGGACACGAAGAGGUUGAAACCUUAGCUAAUAAUGUCUCCUGCCCUGCUUGCCGGGGCGUGUUGUUAUGCUACAAUGUCAUUUUUAUUUGAAUUGUCAUAGCGCUCAUCAGCUGGUGGCAUGUGCUGCUCUUGUACUGGAUAAUGACUCGUGGCUCAGGAUAAGAGCACGUCAGGUGAGAAGCUAUGGUGCAUCAGACUUCUCCCUGAUAAAUCCGGUUGUCGAUGGCGACGACGAAGCUAAUCUACACAGUACAAUUCAUUCGUUAUCAGCAGUGCAGGAACCCUGCGUUACUA